AUGUCCUCUACUGCUGUUCCCACCAAGAAGUGGAAUCCUCGAUUCGCCGGUGCCGUUCCCCACACCACUGACUACUAUCUGAAGUGUCUUGCCGGCGGCGCUUUGGCUUGCGGAACUACUCACACUAUGAUGACUCCAAUCGAUGUCGUUAAAGUGAACAUGCAAGUGAACCCAUCUAAGUACCGCGGUCUUUUGUCCGGUCUUGGUACUCUGACGGCUGAGGAAGGUAUCCGUUCUGGUGCCUUGAAGGGCGCUGCUCCCACUUGCAUUGGAUACAGUUUUCAGGGCAUGUUCAAGUUUGGCUUGAAUGAGGUGUUCAAGGAUCAGUACAACUCUCUGGUCGGUGAGGAAAACUCGAUCAAAUAUCGUGGCCUGAUUUGGGCGGCUGCUGCUGCCAGCGCUGAGUUCUUUGCUGAUCUUUUCCUCUGUCCUUGGGAGAUGAUCAAGGUCAAGAUGCAAGCCUCUCCUACUGGCACCUUUCCUCUUGGCCUUCGCGGUGCAUGGAAAGAAAUGGCUGCCAGCAAGACUGUCACUGGCUUCCCUAUGGGUUCCCUGGUUCCUCUCUGGUACCGUCAAAUUCCCUACACUGUUGUUAAGUUUGUUGGUUUUGAGUACACUGUUGAACAGAUGUACAAGCAUAUCUUCACUCGCCCGAAGGAUUCCUAUUCGAAGGCCACCCAGCNNNNUCGUUAUGUUGGUACGUCAGACAUUCCUUUGUUGCUAUUCUACGUUGCAUCAGUAUCUUGCGGCCUUGAGUUGUUGUAG